GGCGGGCGGCGCCGCGCUGGGGCUGGGACGGUGCUGACCUGAGGCGGGUGGUGCCGAGGUCGCGGCUGCUGCAGUGUGGCCGGAGAGAUGCUGAGCUGCUGGGGGGUCGCGCUGGGCGCCGCCGUCUCUGUGCCUGUGCUGCUGCUGGUGGCAGCGCCCUACAUCAGGAAGUAUGUCGCCGGAGGCCAGUGUAAGUCGACAGCGAGGCUGGAGGGGAAGGUGGUGAUAAUCACAGGAGCCAACACGGGCAUCGGGAAGGAGACGGCCAGGGCCCUGGCACGAAGAGGUGCGAGGGUGAUUGUUGCUUGCAGAGACACAGUGAAGGCAGAAGCUGCAGCCAGUGAAAUCCGAGCUGAGACAGGGAACCAGCAAGUCAUUGUGAAAAAACUAGACUUGGCUGACACAAAGUCCAUCCGGGAGUUUUCCGAGAAAUUCCUAGCAGAGGAGAAAGAACUCCAUAUUCUCAUUAAUAAUGCUGGUGUGAUGUUAUGCCCUUACUCCAAAACUGCUGAUGGCUUUGAGAUGCACCUGGGAGUGAAUCACCUCGGCCAUUUUCUGCUGACCUUCCUCUUGCUGGAGCGGCUGAAGCAAUGUGCCCCAGCCCGCAUCGUGAAUGUCUCCUCCCUGGCCCACCACGGCGGCCGCAUCCGCUUCCAUGACCUGCAGGGCGAGAAGAGCUACAACCGUGGGCUGGCCUACUGCCACAGCAAGCUGGCCAACGUGCUCUUCACACGGGAGCUAGCCAGGCGGCUGCAAGGCACUAAAGUCACAGCAAAUGCUCUCCAUCCUGGGUCUGUCCGCUCGGAGCUGGUCCGACACUCAUUGGUGAUGUCGUGGCUGUGGAAGACGUUCUCGUUCUUCUUGAAGACACCUUGGGAAGGAGCUCAGACCAGCAUCUACUGUGCAGUAGCAGAGGAGUUAGACUCUGUGACAGGACAGUAUUUCAGUGAUUGCCAGCCAGCAUAUGUGUCACCAAGGGGCCGGGAUGAGGAGACUGCAAAGAAGCUGUGGAGUGUGAGCUGUGAGCUCCUUGGCAUCCAGUGGGUCUGAGCACCACAGGUCGCACCUGUCUGCCUGGACGACUUUUGGGAACAGCACUGCUGAGAGACCUCCAGACAGGAAUGAAGACACUUCAGCUGCCCUCACGAUGGCUCUAUGGACACUGUCCGAUGUGAAUUUCUGGAAUAUUACACUUAAGGAUUGAGAUUUGUAAGCUACCCAUUCCCCUUGUCUAGCUGGAGAAUUAGAGAACCCACACAGGGACCAACCUUUGCUUGGUAUCUCACACAGCAGCCAGAGGCUGUUGUUCUCUGGCUGUAGAAUAGCAAUGAAGGUUACAGUCUUAGGGUUAGGUUAUGAAGUAAGAACUACCUUUAAAGUUUUCUUUUCUAACAGUAACAGUAAAAAGGUACAACUCAAUGUAUGGUAGUUGAGGUUAUUUUCAGUUCCUACUAUUUGACUUGCAGGGUGAAAGUACUGUAAGAUACUAGAUUUUCUGGCAAUGACUCGCAAUACGAAUGCUCUCAAGCACACAGAAACAGGUGCUGACCUGCAAGGUUAAGUGGAAUCAGUAACUUUUCUCUCUAUUUCCUGUAAGAAGCAGUACUCCAGCCCCAGAAGGUUCUUGGCUGCAGCUUCCCACUGACUGCAGUAAGUUUACUGAGGGUGGGUGCAGCUUUUGAGAGCCCAGGACUCAGUGCAGGUGGCUGGGAGGUUAAAAGGUGCGAGUGACACAACUGUGCAUAGGCAAGUUAUCACUGAAAAAAAUAAACAUCUCUCCUGCGAAGCACUGAGCAAAGACAGGGUAAAAGUUGUCACAGUAAAGCCCCCACUGCACUUUAAAUGGCUGCAGAGCCCAGACAAGAGCAGAAUGAAUACAGAACAGCUCAACUACCUUAAGCUUCAGCUGACACCAUAGCUUUAAAUGACAGCAGACUACUUGCAGAUAAAUAGCUGAAGCAGAGGUUGGGACUAUGUUGCUAUGAUGAAGUCAAAUACAGGGCCAGGAAAUUAAGACUUGCACAGAGAACCUUACGUUUGUCUGGCCAGCAGCUCCAGCCUGGCCCUGCAGUACUGCAUAGCUUGCAACUUCCACAAGGCAGCUGGGUCAAUCCACGUUAGCAGUCUCGUUAGAAAGAGUUAAGCAGUUAGAAAACAAGUGCCACAGCUCAUAAGAUUCACUUCUUCUUCUGAAAUGCAAGUAUGGAAGUGUUUGGACUUGCAUAUGAACACACCACUGGGACCAACUGCUUAGUUUCAUGAUUGAUUCAUUCUCCCUGGAUGCUAUCUAUGCAGAUCAGUCCUGUGCUACCUCUGAGCAGUACCAAAUAAAGCCAUUUUCCAAGAGGAAACUGUAUCUUCCUUUGGGAAUGCUGAAUCAGUUUACUUGGUGUUGCUGUUACCUGCACCUGCUUUACUAAACUCAGGAACUCCAUUUGGGUAAUAUUUUCAAGACCUUGUGUGUUUGUGCCUGUCACUUUGCCUUUUUUUCCUCCCUCUUUAUGCUUCAUUUGAAUAUGAAGCCAAGUUCACAACUACAGUCUUACAGUAGAAUGCUGCCCAGCACUGCAGGCUUGGUUUGCUUGCUUUCUCUGUGACUCUCUCAUCUUGAAAAUUGCUUCCAGGAGCAACAGAAACCACUUUUUGAAAAAGCAGGAAGUGUCUUUAGGCUGAAAUACUUUGCCCUCACAGAAGUCUGAUUGCAGACUUACAUAACACAUGGAACUACAUAUUUCCAUAGACACUCAGCCACUCUUUUUUGACCUUGGGCAAGUCAUUUAUACCUCCUUCUAGGCUGAUCUGUAAAGUGAGGGAACUAAAGCUCAUUUAGCUGUCUCAAAGGGAGGCUUGUAAGAGAGAGUUAGAUUAACUCGCAAAGCUCCUUCAAGACGAUUACUGGUUUGUGAGAGUCCAUGUGU